AAAAACUUUUAUAAAUAAACUCCGAACAAAGCUCACCUCUCUCUCUCUCUCUCUCUCUGUCAAAACGGAGACGACUCUCCUUUCCUUCAUCUAGAGAAGCCUCCUCCUCAUCCUUCAUCCAUCUCUCUGAUCUCUCAGAUCCAUUUGCUUCCCAAUUCUAAUGUCGUGGUCGUCUUAUUUUUCUUACAAUUCUAUGCUUUUCUUGUUGCUGUUAAUGUUGUCGAGGAGCUGUUACGGGUUUGGUACUUUCGGAUUCGAUAUUCACCAUCGGUAUUCGGAUCCGGUCAAGGGGAUUUUAGCCCUUGAUGACUUGCCAGACAAGGGUACUCUCCAGUAUUAUGCUUCUAUGGCUCACCGUGACCGAUUAAUCCAUGGCCGUCGACUUGCUACUGCUGAUAAUUCCACUCCUCUCACUUUCUUUGACGGGAACGAAACUAUUCGGAUCAGUUCUCUGGGAUUUUUACAUUACGCAGAAGUUUUGGUUGGGACGCCAAGUUUAUCAUUUCUUGUAGCACUGGACACUGGCAGUGAUCUCUUCUGGUUACCAUGUGAUUGUACGAGUUGCGUCCGUGGCUUGCAAACUUCAUCUGGGAAGCAAAUACAGCUUAAUAUUUACAGCCCCAAUAACUCAUCAACAAGCAAAACGGUUGCCUGCAACAGCUUACUGUGUUCACAGCAAAGUCAAUGCUCCUCCUCCUCUCCAAGUGCUUGUCCAUAUCAAGUUUUAUAUCUUUCUGAAAACACUUCUUCAAGUGGGUUCUUGGUAGAGGAUUUAUUGCAUUUGACUACCGAUGAUACUCAACCGAAAGCUCAUAAUGCAACGAUCACAUUUGGCUGUGGUCAAAGGCAAACUGGUUCCUUUUUGGAUGGGGCAGCUCCCAAUGGCUUAUUUGGCCUUGGUAUGAGAAACGUAUCUGUUCCUAGUACUUUAGCAAGAGAAGGGUUAACUUCCAAUUCCUUUUCUAUGUGUUUUGGACCUGAUGGAAUUGGGAGAAUCACUUUUGGAGAUACAGGAAGCUCAGACCAAGGAGAAACACCUUUCAAUCUGAGGCAAUCACAUCCAACCUAUAACAUCAGCAUCAGCAAAAUAAAUGUGGGUGUGAAUGAUUCUAAUCUUGCGUUCACUGCAAUUUUUGACACUGGUACCUCAUUUACAUACCUAAAUGAUCCAGCCUAUUCCUUUAUAUCUGAGAGUUUCAAUAACCAGGCAAAAAACAAACGCUAUUUAUCUAGUUCUGAGUUACCUUUUGAUUAUUGUUAUGAGAUAAGCUCUAAUCAGACGGAUCUGGAGAUACCAACUGUGAACUUGGUUAUGGAAGGUGGAAGUCAAUUUAAUGUCACUGAUCCCAUAGUAAUAGUUAGCAUUCCGGGAAAUGCAAAUUUAUAUUGUCUGGGAGUUGUUAAAAGCGGAGAUGUGAAUAUCAUCGGACAAAAUUUCAUGACGGGUUAUCGUAUAGUUUUUGAUCGUGAAAAGAACGUAUUGGGUUGGAAGCCAUCAAACUGUUAUGAUCUUCUAGACACCAACACACUUCCUGUCAAUCCAAUAUCUCCUGGAGGGUCACCAACUACAACAGUCAAUCCAGAAGCCACCGCCGGGAAUGAGAAAAAUCCUAAUGCAUUUGGGGAUCCAGCACCUUCAGGGAAUCAUUCACCUCAGUUGAACCCAUUCACUUUUGCAUUUAUGAUGGUUCUUCUUUCACUUUUUUACCAUUUGAUUAUUUUUUAGUUCGUUCCUGAGGCAUUUAUGUAUUCUUGUAUUAUAUACACAGUACGCAGACAGACAGUUCUUUCGAGUACAGGUACACAGCAAAAUAGAAAGCGUCAUUAGCUUGCUAUUAAAUUUUUGGUCUUAGCAAAUCUGAUUUCAUCCUGUGGUUGUAAAUGCAUGUAGACCAUGAGUAGGUAGAAAUGAUAUAGUAGCGUUACAUUUUGGUAUACAAUUCUUGGAGUUGAUAGUACUUUUUGUAAUUUGGUUGUUAUACUAUAAUCUAGUUAUUGACAUAGAUA